AUGGCCAAUCUAGCAGUGACCUAUCGAAGCCAGGGCCGAUGGGAGGAGGCCGAGCAGCUCCAGGUGCAGGUCAUGGAGACUCAUAAGACGAAGCUAGGCGAUGGCCAUCCUGACACGCUAGCGAGUAUAGCUAACCUAGCGUCGACGUAUUGGAAUCAGGGCCGAUGGGAGGAGGCCGAGCAGCUUGAGUUGCAGGUCAUGGAGACGAGCAAGACGAAGCUCGGCGAGGACCACCCCUCUACGCUGACAAGCGUAGCCAACCUAGCGUCGACGUAUGGGAAGCAAGGCCGACUGGAGGAGGCCGAGCUUCUCCAGGUGCAGGUUAUGGAAAAGAUCAAGACGAAGCUCGGCGAGGACCACCCUGACACGCUGACGAGCAUAGCCAACCUAGCGUCGACGUUUGGGAAGCAGGGCCGAUGGGAGGAGGCCGAGCAGCUUGAGCCAACCUAG